ACCGCGCGCCGGAAGCGGGCGUGUUGCGGCUGUGGGACGGGGCUGCGGCCCCGAGGCCGCCAUGGCGGAGUGCUCGGGGAUGCAGUUUGUCAGUCCCUACGCCUUCGAGGCGAUGCAGAAGGUGGACGUGGUUCGCUUGGCCGCGCUCAGCGACCCCGAGCUGCGUCUGCUGCUGCCCUGCCUGGUGCGCAUGGCCCUCUGCGCCCCCGCGGACCAGAGCCAGAGCUGGGCCCAGGACAAGAAGCUCAUCCUGCGGCUCCUCUCGGGUGUGGAGGCCGUCAACUCCAUCGUGGCUCUGUUGUCCGUCGACUUCCACGCGCUGGAGCAGGACGCCAGUAAAGAGCAGCAGCUCCGGCACAAGCUGGGAGGAGGCAGCGGGGAGAGCAUCCUGGUGUCACAGCUGCAGCACGGGCUGACGCUGGAGUUCGAGCACAGCGAUUCCCCCCGCCGGCUCCGCCUGGUGCUCAGCGAGCUGCUGGCCAUCAUGAACAAGGUGUCGGAAUCAAAUGGGGAGUUUUUUCUCAAAUCUUCUGAGCUCUUUGAGAGUCCUGUCUACCUGGAGGAGGCAGCAGAUGUUCUCUGCAUUCUGCAAGCAGAGCUGCCAUCGCUGUUGCCCAUAGUUGAUGUAGCUGAAGCCCUGCUGCAUGUUAAAAAUGGAGCCUGGUUCCUCUGCCUGCUGGUGGCAAACGUUCCUGAUAGCUUUAAUGAGGUCUGUAGAGGUUUGAUUAAGAACGGUGAACGGCAAGACGAGGAAAGCGUUGGAGGCCGUCGCAGAACAGAAGCGCUCCGUCACCUCUGUAAAAUGAACCCUUCCCAAGCUCUGAGGGUCCGAGGCAUGGUGGUGGAAGAGUGCCAUCUACCAGGCCUUGGUGUAGCUUUGACGUUGGAUCACACCAAAAAUGAAUCUUCAGAUGAUGGAGUGAGUGACCUGGUGUGUUUUGUGAGUGGUUUGCUACUUGGAACAAAUGCAAAAGUUCGAACUUGGUUUGGAACUUUUAUCCGAAAUGGCCAGCAGAGAAAAAGAGAUAAUAUCGGUUCUGUGCUUUGGCAAAUGAGGAGGCAGCUGCUCCUGGAGCUCAUGGGAAUCCUUCCCACGGUUCGCAGCACACACAUUGUUGAAGAAGCAGAUGUUGAUACGGAGCCAAAUGUGUCUGUGUAUUCUGGACUGAAGGAAGAGCACGUUGUGAAAGCCAGCGCGCUGUUACGGCUCUAUUGCGCUUUGAUGGGAAUUGCUGGGCUGAAACCAACGGAUGAAGAAGCAGAGCAGCUGCUGCAGCUGAUGACCAGCCGGCCGCCCGCAACCCCCGCUGGUGUUCGCUUUGUGUCCCUCUCCUUUUGCAUGCUUCUGGCCUUCUCCACUCUUGUCAGUACGCCAGAACAGGAACAACUCAUGGUGAUGUGGCUUAGCUGGAUGAUAAAGGAAGAAGCUUACUUUGAAAGCAUUUCUGGUGUGUCUGCUUCCUUUGGUGAGAUGCUUCUCUUGGUCGCCAUGUAUUUCCACAGCAACCAGCUCAGUGCUAUCAUUGAUCUGGUCUGCUCCACGUUGGGAAUGAAGAUUGUUAUAAAACCCAGCUCUCUGAGCAGAAUGAAGACAAUCUUCACACAGGAGAUUUUCACCGAACAGGUUGUCACAGCCCAUGCAGUUCGUGUGCCCGUUACAGGCAGUCUCAGUGCCAACAUUACUGGUUUUCUACCCAUUCACUGCAUUUACCAGCUCUUAAGAAGCCGAUCGUUCACCAAGCACAAAGUAUCCAUUAAGGACUGGAUUUAUCGGCAGCUCUGUGAAACCACCACUCCACUCCACCCUCAGCUGCUUCCUCUUAUUGAUGUCUACAUUAACUCGAUUCUUACUCCUGCAUCAAAAUCCAACCCUGAAGCCACAAACCAGCCUGUGACAGAACAGGAGAUACUGAAUGUUUUUCAAGGACUCACUGGGGGAGAAAACACUCGUCCUGUUCAGCGUUACAGCAUCACAACGCAGUUGCUCGUCCUCUACUAUGUCCUGUCGUACGAAGAAGCACUUCUGGCAAACACAAAAAUACUGGCUGCCAUGCAAAGAAAACCCAAGUCUUACUCUUCAGCACUAAUGGAUCAGAUUCCCAUCAAGUACCUCAUCCGGCAGGCACAGGGGCUGCAGCAGGAACUGGGAGGCUUGCAUUCUGCACUGUUACGCCUUCUUGCAACUAACUAUCCACACCUCUGCAUUGUGGAAGACUGGAUCUGUGAGGAGCAGAUCACAGGCACCGAUGCCUUACUGAGGAGGAUGCUUCUCACAACCAUUGCGAAGAAUCAUUCUCCCAAACAGCUCCAGGAAGCAUUUUCCAUGCUGCCUGGAAAUCAUACCCAGCUGAUGCAGAUUCUGGAACACUUAACACUUCUCUCGGCUGGUGAAUUGAUCCCAUAUGCAGAAGUACUGACAUCAAAUAUGAAUUGCUUGCUGAAUGCUGGGGUCCCUCGGAGGAUUCUUCAGACUGUCAAUAAGCUGUGGAUGGUUCUUAACACUGUGAUGCCACGAAGGUUGUGGGUGAUGACUGUUAAUGCUCUGCAGCCUUCGGUGAAAAUAGUCCGGCAGCAGAAGUACACUCAGAAUGAUCUGAUGAUUGAUCCUUUGAUUGUGCUGAGGUGUGAUCAGCGAGUUCAUAGGAGCCCUCCUCUGAUGGAUAUAACUUUGCACAUGUUGAAUGGAUAUCUUCUUGCUUCAAAAGCUUACCUCAAUGCUCACCUGAAAGAAACAGCAGAGCAAGACAUUAGGCCAUCCCAGAACAAUGCCAUGGGUCCAGAAACCCCAGAAGUUACAAGGGAAGAACUGAAAAAUGCAUUGCUUGCUGCUCAGGACAGUGCUGCUGUACAGAUUCUUCUAGAGAUCUGCUUACCUACAGAAGAAGAGAAAACCCAGAGCAGUGGUACCUACAGUUUGCUAAAGAGUGUUCAGAGUACCACAGGUCCUAAGAGUUCAGAUGUGGAGGAAGGAGAAGAUAGCUUGCUGUGUAACCUUCGAGAGGUCCAGUGCCUGAUCUGCUGUCUGCUGCAUCAGAUGUAUAUAGCUGACCCCAACAUAGUAAAACUUGUUCAUUUCCAGGGUUAUCCGUGUGAACUUCUGGCACUGACGGUGGCAGGGAUUCCAUCAAUGCACAUCUGUCUGGAUUUCAUACCUGAGCUCAUUGCCCAGCCUGAACUUGAAAAACAGAUAUUUGCCAUCCAGUUACUUUCGUUUUUGUGCAUUCAGUAUGCUCUACCAAAAUCUCUGAGUGUGGCUCGCUUGGCUAUCAAUGUGAUGGGAACCCUACUCACAGUUUUAACCCAGUCGAAGCGCUAUGCCUUUUUCAUGCCAACGCUGCCUUGUUUGGUGUCAUUCUGUCAAGCCUUCCCUCCUUUGUAUGAGGAUAUUAUGUCUCUGCUGAUACAAAUAGGGCAAGUUUGUGCCUCUGAUGUUGCUACACAGACAAGAGACUUUGACCCAAUAAUUACACGUCUCCAGCAACUGAAGGAGAGACCAAAUGAGGUGUCAGGACUUUGUAAAGAUUCGCCUUACAAAAGUUGUUCAAGGGACAUUACAAGCGUGGAUCCUGAUGUUCAGUUAUGCCAGUGUGUUGAGAGUACUAUAAUUGAAAUAAUUAACAUGAGUGUAAGUGGAGUUUAGGAAGAACACAAAUGAAGUGGUACUGUCCCAUGGCCUAUGGUGUCUAAAUUUGGAGAGAGCUGCCAAAGUGGAUUGAAGCACAAGUCUGUGUUAUUCAUUCAUUGGAUUCUGUUAUGGCUGAACCUUGCUGAAGGAAAAGAAUACUUCAAAGGGACUUACUUUGCUUGGUAAAUCAUUUCUAGUGAAAGUAGGUGUGAUUUUUCAGGCGUGCUUGGUUUCUGAUUUGAUACAACACACCCAUAAUGGGUUUCUAACACUGUGAAGUGAGGACUUCAUUUGUUGAGCAAAAUGCAAAAUGAUGGGUAAGAAAAAUUUGAGAUCGGAGAGCUUUACUAAAACUCAAAUGAACUACUGUUUCAGAGCCCUGCAGAGCAUGAUGGAAUAAAGCAUUCCAAGGAACAUUUGAAAA